CUGUGAUUACUUGUGGAUUUAAACAGGAUUAAUGGAGGAAGGGUCAUCAACGUAGCUGAUUUUGGACUGACAGAGGACAUGUACAACACUAACUACAUUCGUCGAAGAAAAAAGAGUGAGACAGAAGAGAAAGUCCCCAUCAGGUGGAUGGCUCCUGACAGUAUUGAAACUGCAUCUACACCGAGGCUUCUGAUGUGUGGUCCUAUGCAGUGACAAUGUGGGAGAUAUUCACUGUGGGAGGGUCCCAUACGCUGGAAUACAUGCCAUGUGCCUUCUGACUGAACUAAAGAGAGAGAGAGACUGGAGAAAACCUGACAACAAGGCCUGCCAUGAUGACAUAUUCAAUGUCAUGGUCUCCUGCUGGAAACUGGAAGCUGGUGAACGUCCAAAGUUCUCUGAUUUGGUAGUCACAGUGAAUGACCUCCUGGAACAAUAUGGUGGCUACCUGGAGCUCUCUCGGUUCCCAACUCUUACAGUGGCUACUACAACAUCCCCACUUCCAUCUCCUGCUGAUCAUCCUCAGAUUGAGCUGGCAGAGUUGGCACUUUCUGAACCAGACAUGGAAAAUGACUUACGAGUGUGAAGUAAUUGCUCUGACUGUCGGUUUGAUAGACUCAUUUGACUUACGAUUAAACCCUGUAUAUAGUUCCCAUGGUGUAUAUACUAC